AUGCCGCCUCCCCCCGACGGCCGUGGCUUGCCUCGUCUGCUCGUCCUCGGCGUCGUCUUCCACGCCGUCUACGUGCUCAGUAUCUUCGACGUUUACUUCACGUCCCCCGUGGUCCCACACAUUGAGAGCGUGGCUUACACGGCGUCGCCCCCGGCCGACCGCGUCGUGGUGUUUGUAGCCGACGGUUGUCGAGCAGACAAGCUCUUUAACACCACUACGUCGUCGUUCCUGCGCCGUAUUGUCCAGCAAACUGGCAGUUACGGCGUGUCGCAUACGCGUGUACCCACAGAGAGUCGGCCAGGGCACGUGGCGCUCUUUGCCGGUAUGUACGAAGACGUGAGCGCCGUUACAAGGGGCUGGACCGACAAUCCCGUGGACUUUGACUCGGUGUUCAACCAGAGUCGAGCAGCUUUUUUGUUUGGCAGUCCGGACAUUGUGCCGAUGUUUGCGCGGGACGUGCACCAUGCAGUUGAAGAGCAUUACGCCUCGGAGGCGGAAGAUUUUGCUACGCAGGACGCGUCUGCGCUGGACGUGUGGGUGUUCCGACACUUGGAGAGCCUUUUAGUGCGUGCACGAGGGGACGUACACUUAGCGAGCAAAUUGCGUCAACCUGGCGUGAUUGUGUUUUGUCACUACUUAGGCAUUGACUCCAAUGGUCACAGCUAUCGACCGCACUCGAAGGAAUAUCUGGACAAUGUCGCACUUGUGGAUACAUUAGUGGAAAACACGCACGACAUGGUCGAAGCCUUUUAUCACCACGAUGGACGCACGGCGUAUAUUCUGACAGCUGACCACGGGAUGGGGUCGAAAGGAGCGCAUGGGGAUGGCGACCCAGCAAAUACUCGGACGCCGUUGGUAGUAUGGGGAGCCGGAGUGCAGGGACCGCAAGAGGCGGAACAGCAUGCGAGGAAGUUUGAGAUUGACCUCCCCACACAGUCUCGUGCACAGGUUCAAGCGCAAUUGCAGGCACAAGAAGAGCAAGAGCAAGCAGCAGUCGAUGAAUGGGGCGACCUUGUUCAAUUUGUGAGGAAAGACGUGAUGCAGGCCGAUGUUGCACCGCUGAUCAGUGCACUAUUGGGACUGCCGUACCCACGUAAUUCGGUAGGAGUGCUGCCGUUUUCGUAUUUGACAAAGGGAGCGUAUCGGGCAAAUGCCGUCAAGUCAAAUGCCCAGCAGCUGUAUCUGCAUGCUUUGCGAAAGGAACAGGAGAAACAAUCGCAGACUUUAUUACGCUACGUACCGUACGGUCCGUUUCGUGAGCAUGUUCCUAAGCUCUUGCAGCAGCUUGCCGAUGCUUAUGACGUCAGUAUCAGUGCAAAUGGAAACGACGGUGAUGCUUCUGCACGGGUGGAGGUGUUGAGUCAGGAGCUGAUUGAGAUAUGUUUGGCGACUUUGGAGUACUUCCAGCGAUACGACUGGUUCUUCUUGCUUAGCGUUAUUGUUUCCGGAUACGUGGGAUGGAUCAUGGUACUAGGUGUCGCGUACCUCCACCCACGCGACUUUACUCUGAAGUGGCUACUUGGCGUUACUGGCAAACAGCCGGAUAUCAAGCUCGUCAUUCUGGUGAUUGCAGCUUUCGUGUACCUGGCCCUUGAAGGAUCACCUGCCACGUACUAUCUGUACAUGUCGUUCCCUCUGAUCUUUGGUGUUUUUGCGUGGAAUCACGUUCAUUUGAUGAAAGAAGUGUGUAUUUCCAAUGGAAAAGGUGCCGCAUCAUGGUCGGGCUGGAAGCGAUUUGCUGAGAUUGCGCUGAUUAUGCUGUGUCUUGAGCUUGUUGUUGCUGGGUAUGAACGCCGGGAGAUUUUUGGUGUGCUCUUUGCACUACUUGCAGCAUGGCCUUACGUCGGGAACACAUUAAGUGUAGAUGAGGAUCAUCGUCAUGGUGAAAGUGAGUGGAUUAGCUGCUUUCCGUCGCCGAGCCGUUGUUGGGUAGUCAGCUGUUUAUCCAUAUCGGUGUUUCCAUUUUUGCCCAGCGAGUAUGGUGAGCAUACUCUGUUGGUACAUGUGGGAGGCGUGUUGAUGAUGUCAUUCGGGGGGAUGGUGCUGGGCAUGGCAGAGCCCGAUCGAUACAAGUUGUGGACGAAUCGUUCCUUCACGCUAAGCGCUACUCCUGUAAUACUCUCGCUGAUUACUUUGCACGCCACGAUGCAGUAUUUGGACGGCGAUCGAAGCAAGCCGCCGUUUCUACUGACCGUGGCCAACUGGCUCUUGUCUGGUGUUCCGAUCGCGGUGCUGCUAAUUCGACUACAUUGGAGAACAAAAGAUGUGACCCGACCUGCGAGUACUGAGUCCGGUCGUCAAAAGCAGCAGGUUCUCCUCCAGGCUGACGUUGUCCGGUAUCUCAGACGACUUGUCGAGGUGAUGCUAGCUUUCGCGCCUUCGUUCAUUCUGCUGAGUAUUGCAUACGAAGUGUUGUUCUAUGUGGUGCUGUGCUGUGUGCUUGUGAACUGGUUGCUGUUGGAGGCCCAAGCUUCCUUACGGUAUUCAUCUUCCACGUGGCGUGAGGUGCAGCGUGCUUUUGUGUUCUUGCUGCUGAUCAAGAUUGCUUUCUUUGGUACGGGCAAUGUGGCUAGUAUGAGCAGUUUCGAGAUCUCCUCUACCUACCGAUUUGUGACGGUGUUUGCACCCUUCCUUAUGGGUGCGCUUUUGGUAGGCAAGAUCCUCAUUCCGUUUGUGGUGGUGGCGUGCACUUUUCACAUGAUCGUGCUCCUUCCGACACCUCCGCGGCCAUCUGAUGCGCAGAAACUCCGCUCACCUGCGACACGUUACUUUCUUCUCGUUGUGGCCAUGUCGGACGUGCUCGCGCUUCACUUUCUCUUUCUCGUCAAGAACGAAGGCAGCUGGAAGGAGAUUGGGAAUUCCAUCUCGAUGUUUGGCAUCGUGAAUGCACAAAUCGUGUUCGUCCCACUGCUGUUUUUGCUGGCGCGUGCAUUCGUCCGCGAUCUGGCACCAUUUUCCGAUGCCGUCUAUCAUGACAAGAAAACGUGGUGA